ACAUUGGGGACUGACGGCCUUCGGGGUCUCGCUCACCUUCAGCGCUGUCCACCGCCGGCCGCAGAGCUGUCUCCUGCCUCGGCUCCUAGCGCGCCCGCGGACACAGCCUCCAGCCUCGCGACCCUAAUGGAGCUCCCGAUGCCGAAGUCGGUGCUGGCGGCGCUCGCCUUCUUGGCCUUGGCCUCGUGCUGCUUUGCUGCUUACCGCCCCAGUGAGACCCUGUGCGGCGGGGAGCUGGUGGACACCCUCCAGUUCGUCUGUGGGGACCGCGGCUUCUACUUCAGCAGGCCAGCCAGCCGCGCGAACCGCCGCAGCCGGGGCAUCGUGGAAGAGUGUUGCUUCCGCAGCUGCGACCUGGCCCUUCUGGAGACCUACUGCGCCGCCCCCGCCAAGUCCGAGAGGGACGUGUCGACCUCUCCGACCGUGCUUCCGGACAACUUCCCCAGAUACCCCGUGGGCAAGUUCUUCCAAUAUGACAGCUGGAUGCAGUCCGCCCAACGCCUGCGCAGAGGCCUGCCUGCCCUCCUCCGAGUCCGCCGGGGCCGCAUGCUUGCUCGGGAGCUGGAAGCCUUCAGAGAGGCCACGCGUCACCGGCCCCUGAUGGCUCUGUCCACCGACGACCCCGCCGCGCACGACUCCACUGCCCACGGGGGUGCCUCCCCAGAGGGUCCCAACAAUCGGAAGUGAGCCAGACCGUGGUCGUAAUUCUGCCCAGGGCCCCAUCCUCCUCGUGCUCCCCUGACCAGCGACCUUUCCACCAGGUCCCGCUCUGAAACCACUCUGCGCCGUCCUCCCCAGGGCUCCCCAGCCCGCCCCCGCGCCCCAGCCUCCCCAAGUCAGGCUGCUCUCCCUCGCCCUUCCACCGGCUGAGGGAACCCCAGCAAAAGCCGCAAAAAUGGACACACCCGAUUGGCUCUGACUCUCCCAAAUUAUCCCCCCAAAUUAUCCCCCAAAAUAGUCCUCCAAAUUAUCCUCCAAAUAUCCC